UCACAGGGCCUUCUCAAGUCAGGAGAUCACUGCCAUUUUCCACAAAUUAAAAAAAAAGAAUGUUUAUAUUUAAAACCCACAUUUUUCUCUCAGGACCAUUUCUCAAACUUGGUGUUUACUGGAGGAAGUUAAGAAAAGAAAGAUAAGAAAUGCGUGUGGAGAAGUGACUUAUGCUACUCUCCAAUUUCCAAAAUCUUCCCAGUUGAAGACAUCCCAGGAGAGCUACAGCCUCAAGAGAGCAGUCAAUCAUGAAGUGCCUGAAAUGGAGAUGGAUGGUGAAACUGAAAAUAGAGAAGAGAGAGUUGAGAGCAGAGCUGAGAUGGCGGAGAGCAGAGCUGUAGCAGGACAUAGCACUCAGUCAAAAGUGUGGUGCACUGUGGCUUUCAUUUCGAUAACCGUGAACCUGUUGGUGUUGGCUGGACUGGGGACCCUGGGCCUGAUGAAUUACUGGAAACUCAUCUUCAACAACGGAACAGCAAAUGAUAUUGAACAAAGCAAAAUACAACAGUUGGAGGAAAAUGUAACACUAUGCAAGAAUAUGUAUAAUAAUGCCUCAAAUGAGCAUAUCAUUUACAAAAAUAUAACACAAAACAUAUUAAAAGAGCUGAAAGACUUUACCUCAGAAUACUGUGAAGACUUAAAGAAGAAGGAAAAUGAUGUCAGAUUUCACUCAUGUUCGGAGUCACGUAUGUGGUAUGGAAAUGGAAGACAAUAUCAUGACCAGAUGAAUAUGGACAAUAAGACAAAUUGCAACCAAACCCAGCUAUUCUUUAAAUGUCUUCCAUCAUCUUUCCCCGAGAUGGAUCUGAAUUGUUCUCUCAAGAAAAGAAACCAGGAAGAAGAAAGGAUUUUAAAAUUUUGCAUUGUGACCUGUAUAACACCAGUAAAUAUUUCAACUGCUGAAAACAUGUAGCUUUCAAAGAAAAUGAAAUGAUUGGAAAAUCUAAUAACUCUAGUAGUUAUCAUUUGUGAAAAUAAAGUAGCUAUAUCAAAUUUUUAAUUGUAGCUAAAUGCAAACACUCCUAGUUUACUGUAAUAGUGUACAAAAUAAAGAUGACGACGUAAGCUGAAACUUUGGACAAUCGAUCUCAGAAUCCAAGAGAAACAUUUUUUAUUGUUUUAUGACAUUUAAAAACUUUUUUGUCAAAACAUUAAAAACUUCUUGCCAGGGGCGCCUGGGUGGCUCAGUUGUUGAGUGUCUGCCUUCGGCUCAGGUCAUGA